GGCUGGUUUCACUUUUUAUUCGGAUGCUUAUUGACAGAAACAUUAUUAAUAUAUUUUAAUAUAGUCUAAUGCAACCUACAAACUAUUCUUUGGUGUUGAUAAAUGUUGUAGUUACUCCUUGGCGAUUAAUUUGCAUAUUCUGCAUUAAUUGUUUGGUGUUGCUAUAAAGUGUCAGAUAACACUAGGAUUGUCCAUCAUAACACCACACUUUGGAUGACAUUAAAAGAAAAGUAACAUGGCUCUGGUUACAACUGCAGAGAGAAUGUGGACAGCAUCUAUGACACCUGUCAAGAGCUUACAAGGUUGAUGUUUCCUCAACGGGUGCCCCCAGGGUCGCUUUCAAGCCUGACUGCUGACAGCUCGCCACCUCUGUCAGGCUCUUGAGUGAACUGAUCGAUCGCCUUCAGCUUAACAAGACAGUACACAAGGUUCCGCUGUGUCUGGCAGCGGUUGAGCCAAGCAGCCUCUGUGUUGGCGCGAGUCCAACCGUGUCACCAUGGACACGGAGUCCACCUACUCGGGCUAUUCCUACUACUCCGGGCGCUCCCGGAGCUCCCAUAGACAUGGGGAGCGAAGCCGGGACCACCACAAGUCACGCAGUAAAGACAGCCGCUCAGAAAAGUCCGUAACAAUUAACAUGCCGCCUGCUGAGCCACUGCUGGGUGACUCGGCUGUUCGGGGUGAGCCGGUCCAGGAUGACAACUGGGGUGAGACCACCACAGCUGUCACAGGCACAUCAGAGCAUAGCCUCUCUCAGGAAGACAUUGUUCGCAUCACCAAGGACCUGGAGGACAGCGUAGGUCUUGACUGCCGCCGUUACUUGACCCUGACCCUGACUGUGAUCCUGGGCCUGCUGGUGUUCCUCACGCCGUUGGCCUUCCUGGUGCUUCCCCAUCUCCUCUGGCCCGAGAAGCUGCAGGGCUGCGGCACGGCCUGUGAGGGCCUCUUCAUCUCUGUGGCCUUCAAGCUGCUCAUACUGCUGCUGGCCAUCUGGGCCCUGUUCUUCAGGCCGCCACGGGCCGGCCUCCCUCGGGUCUUUGUAUUCCGGGCGCUACUCGCUGUGUUGGUGCUACUCCUUGUGGUCUCCUAUUGGCUGUUCUACGGAGUGAGAAUACUCGAUUCACAGGAUGAGAACUACCAGGGCAUUGUGCAGUACGCCGUGUCACUGGUGGACGCUCUGCUCUUCAUCCACUACCUGGCCAUCGUCCUGCUGGAGCUCCGGCAGCUGCAGCUGUGCUUCUCCGUGUGCGUCACACGGUCCACAGACGGAGAGACGAGGCACUACAACCUGGGGCAGCUCAGUAUUCAGCGGGCAGCCCUGGCUAUCUUAGAACACUACUACUGCGACUUCCCAGUUCAUAACCCGGCGCUGCUUUCUGCCUCCAAGUCCCGUGCCGCCAAGCACCUUGCUGGCCUCAAGGUCUACAACGUGGAUGGUGAGUGCCCAGAAGCCCCUGCUGAGGGUCCUGGGAAUAAUGCAGCAGCAGGACUGGCCCACUCCCAGUCCAGAGCCAUGAUUGCAGCCGCUGCCCGCCGCAGAGACUCUAGCCACAACGAGCUGUACUACGAGGAGGCGGAGCAUGAGAGACGUGUCCGCAAACGCAAAGCACGACUGGUGGUGGCAGUAGAGGAGGCGUUCACACAUAUCAAGCACAUGCAGGAGGAGGAGCAGAAGAAGGCUCCAGGGGAUGUGAUGGACCCCCGAGAAGCAGCACAGGCCAUCUUCCCCUCCAUGGCUCGGGCCCUGCAGAAAUACCUGAGGACCACCAAGCAGCAGCACUGCCACAGCAUGGAGAGCAUCCAGCAGCACCUAGCCUUCUGCAUCACCAACAGCAUGACGCCCAAGGCUUUCCUGGAGAGCUACCUGACGCCAGGCCCCACCCUGCGGUACAGUCGGGACCACUGGCUGGCCCGUCAGUGGACGCUGAUCAGCGAGGCGUCAGUCACCAGCGGCCUGAAAGACGGCACAGUCUUCCUGCUCAAGUGUGUGGACUUCAGCCUGGUGGUGACAUCCAAAAAGAUCCCCUACAUCCAGCUGUCAGAAGAGUACAUCGACCCCAAGUCACACAAGUUUGUUCUGCGGCUACAGUCUGAAACCUCUGUGUAGGACAGAACUUUUUUUGUUACUCCUGACACUGUUUGAUUGCUCUCAGAUGUUUUCAUUCUGACGUUGCAGUUUUAAUUUUUUACUUUUUGGAAUUUUUACAUAUUAUAUAGAUCUAUAUAUGACACACAUUGAAUAUAUUGAUCUUGAUUUGGUUUGAUUUGGAUGAAAAGAAGAAUCGUCACAGGGUCGUACUCACAAGAGUUUCUAUGCCUCAGACACAGUCUUGCGUGUUUGUGUGUGUGCACGAGUGUGUAUCAUAUUAUGUCAACACUCCUUCCCUUUCGGUUUUGAAACGCUGGAGCGAAACCAGAUGAGAAAGUUUGAGGUUUUUGAUGUCCCCACAGUCUUUGUUGCUUUGGUCACUCUUUUAUUUCCACGGGACAGGCAAACCACUACAGACUGGACGUCAACAGAUUGAGAAGUGAAUGGAUUUUCUUCUCUUGAAAACCAAAUUAAAUCUUUGAUCAGAUUUUGCAUUAAGUGCACAUUUAUGUAUGUUUAAAUGAAAAGAAGAUGCCUAAAAAGGUUGACAGAUAUCAUUUCAUCCUGCUCUAAAAGGAUGUCCAACUGUUUUCCUCUCCUACAUCUGCAGUGCUCUGGACAAACCCUUUUCUUGACAGCUGAGGUGUCAAACAUGUCUAGCUUACAGCGUACAGUAGCACCCUUGCUAAAGCGCUAAUGUUAGCAGCCAAAGUGGGACGCUGUAACUUGUUUUGGUGCGGUGGAGCAAAAUCAGGAAACAACACACACAUGUUAUGUUAAACAACCAACAUGAGUUCAGAAUGAACCAGAUCAUAAGAGACACAUGGAGAUGGAAGCAUGCCCACAAACAUUUGCCCUGCCUCAUCUGUUCAGUGACCUUCUCAGGGCUUUCAUGUCUGUCAUAUCUGCCUGACACGAUGGAACAGGAGGCAGCGAGCAGGAGAGACGGAGCUUGAUGUCAGAAAUAAAAAGUACUACUGAGAACUCCAGACUGUCAAUGGUAAAUUUAGUACAAUGAAAAUUUCUACACCAUUAGUUCCAUUAGUUUCUCUUUUAUAACAAAAUACUAUUUUUGGCCCAGUAUUCAUAUUAAAUCACAGAUAUACAGUAAAUGGAAACUGUCUUUAUUCUGAAUCUAUCAAGACAACAGGGCUGAGCUAAACAUUGGCCACUGUUUAAGAAUGAUACUUAAGUAUGAUUUCAUCUUUCAGGGGUCGCAGGGUUUUACUUGUAUCACAAGAACAUGCUACAGGUGAUAAUGAAUCAGCAGAGUGUGCAUCAACAGUGAGAGCUGCAGCAGGGUGGAACCUCCUUUUCAACUGGACCAUCUGGUUUUCCUAACUUGUCUCACCUCUGUUGUCUGACAAACAUGCUCACAGCGAGUCCUUCAAGGUUAGUCGCUUCACUGGAACUUUCGGAGGGGAUUUUUCUUGUUUCUUUCUCCCAGUGAAUCGGCUUACAUUGUAGAACCAGACAAAUACAGUUAAAAGAAGCUAAUAACACUUCAAGAUCCUCUCUCUGUCAUGAGUGAGCCAGUAAGUUCAAAGAGGUGAGAGAGAAUCACACUGAGCUAAAAAAUGAUAUUCUCUGUGGCUGUGAGCAGGGUUGUCCCCUACUGCCCCCUGGCUGAUAAAGCUAAUACUGUCAGUUUGUUUGCCUGAGGACAGCAGCAACAUGUUUUCAUAUAAAGAGAGAAUGUAAAUCUCACUGUAAACUUUGUACCUACUGACAGAUGAACUUUGUGUGAUCCCGCUGUGACUGUGCCGCCUGUUUUUACACUGUAUCUAUUUAUGUAAACAACCACGUGUGUUUGUAUGUAUGCUGUUCCAGUUCACGUUACCAGCCUGUCCCUCCGUCUCCUCUUCAUCACCACCUCCGGCCACACUGUUGCCAGGUUACAGUCCUCUGUCGUUGCAGCUUUAUGAUGAUGGUGUGACUUUGCAAUGCAAGACGUGUCUUGGUUUCGCAGCAUUAGCAUUUCUAAAGAAGAAUAAACAUUUUUAUGAACCUUU